AUGCCCCUUUCUGAGAACGCGUUGCUGGAGCAGCACCGGCCUCAAGAACAGUGCAGCACCAAUAACAAGAAGCGGAGGAGGAAGAAUGCCCCUUCAUUGACGUCCGCACCGACGACUACACAGCCGCAGCAGCUCUUUUCCCUCCUCCCCCGCAUGGCGAACGCCCCACAGCCCCGUUGCACUACCGCAAGAAAUGCGGAGAAGGCCGUACGCGCGAAGAUCAAAGGCAAAAAAUGGAACCCAAACGCCGUGACGACUCCCUUCAAUCACCGCGCGCGCUUCACGAAGUUGAAGCGCGGCAUCCACGUACAGCGGCGGUGGGCGCUGGAGUUCUUGCGGACACCGAUGCCGCAAAUGUGCGCUGGUACAGCUGCGCAAGCAGAGCACUUCAAGGCUUCCCCAGCUUCCCUCAGCUCCUUAUCAUCGACAGAGGUAUGGACCAACGACGGAGUGAACGACGGUGACGCACGUGCUGACGUGGGGACGCGCAAGGUGUGUCGUGACUCCCAGGCAACCGUCGAGCGGACCGUAGCGUCCAUGAACUCACUCUACGCAAGGCUGGACGCAGCCAUGAAGAGUCGCCGAUACAGGCAGGCAGGGAAGCUGAAAAGGUGUAUUCGCGCUCACCAGCUGCGGCUGCGGCGCGAGUUGCAGGAUCGUGCGCUGCAAAGUCUUUUGAGAGGAGAUGCACACAGAAGUAGUCAAGCGCUGUCCGACACAGUUGGUGCCGGUAUGCAGCAGACGCAUUUAAUGGUUUCUUCCAGUGACGCUGCGCUGUUGUCCCCGUACCGAAGCUUUUAUCCUCCCUCAACGUGGCUGGGUGUGGGCAGACACCCGCACAGCGCGUGGGUGGAUCAGCGCACCGGCCGGUACCCACAGAUCUGCACCGAAGAGACCCUUCAAGCGGUAGUGCAUCGCUUCAUGAAUGGCGACGGAGCAGACCGUGACACCUUGCCCGACCCCUACAAGGCAUUGGUCUCUGCUCCGUCUUCGCCCCCACUCAGUGCGGCGCUUUCGCGGUCACAGCGUGCGAUGAAGUCUUCACUCUUCGCCGCAGCCUACUGUACUAACGUGCUUACUGACAUGCUUGACGACCUCUGCUUCACGCUGCUGCAGGGCCUCUACAAGGAGCAACACGACUUGAGGAAGAAACAGCCGCUGCAGUUCAAGGCGCGGCAGCGAUACGUUGUGGGCUUUCAGGAGGUGCUGAAGUGCCUAAAGGCAGGGCGCGUGCGGCUCGUUCUGCUGGCGACGGAUGUUGAAGCAGUCGAGGUUUCUGUCUCCGCGCUGCCACCACCACCUUCUCAGCCUUCAGUCAGCGUGUCUGGUGGGUAUUGGGUGCCUUCGUCCUCUUCACGUCCGGCAAAGAAGUUAGCACGGAAGAAGGCAUUCCAGACACUGCACGAAGCUGUUCAACUUGUGCAGCAGCUUUGCGGAGUUGCCGGUCAUGUCACACGUGACACCGUCGCCCACCUCAGUGGCCACAGCGCUCGAGCACCACCACUCUGCGUGUCCUGUAUGUCGCGCCAGCGACUGUCUUACGCGCUGCACGCGAAGGGCAGCAAGAUAGGGUGUGUAGCGGUGCUGCAAGCUGAAAAAAAUCGAGAGGCUCUCAAGGCGGUGAUGUGCUAUGCGCGAUACCUGACGGACGCCUACACCACAGAGCUCGAGGCAACGAUGGCAGCCGAGAAGCAGGAAGUAUAA